GGCGCGCGUGCAAACCCUCUUCUCCCAGCGCAGCCUCGGGCUAAAGGCGCGCGAAGAGGCGGGCGCAGCCUGCCCGCUAGAGCCGCGGCAGCCGCUCGAGCUCUGACGCGGAUCUUGUGGGGGCGGCGGCGGCGGCGGCGGCGGCAGCUGCUGAGCACUGGGGCUUCUCCCGUUGACUCAGCCCUGGCAGGAGGCUGCUGUCGCUGCCGCCCGUGCCCCUCCUGCGCUGGAGAGCCGGCUCUGGGCACUGCUCCCUCCAGCCAGCGCCUGCUGCUUUGCCCGCUUCUGCCGGGUCCCGCAGCCCGCCUGCCGGGGGAAGAGCGCCGCCGUACACCAUUGUUCCCCAUUGAUGUGGUUUUGCUGCCCCCUGUGAACCGCCUGCCCAACGUCUGUCGCUGCCCGGCGGCGGGGGCCCCCGGCGGCGUUGCGAGAAGCGGGGGGACAGGUUGGCGAGCUUGGCGGGAGCCGCCACAUGCAUCGCCUAGUCUGCAGUGACUGCACCUGUGAGUGAGUGAAGCUGCUGCACUGAGGAGGGCCGAGAAAGACAGGCAGCGGCUCCGGGGGUCCUCAGCAUCAUCUUGCGGGUCUCCGCCUCCCCCCCCCCCCGCCUUAACCUCCCGCCCCUGCUCCAUGCGGGAGCCGAAGAGGAUCUCCCCGCAUGCCGGUGUGGAGGCCCACUUCUGCACCCCCCACUGACAGGAACGCACUACGUGAAAAAAAUAUUGAGUUGGAAUGAUCGCUACCUAGACGUCUGCAGCUACAGGAACUGUUAGCAAUGCAGUGUUUGGAGAUGACAACCAAAAGGAAAAUUAUUGGCCGUCUGGUGCCAUGCCGAUGUUUCCGGGGUGAAGAAGAAAUCAUCUCUGUGCUAGAUUACUCUCAUUGCAGCCUACAGCAGGUGCCAAAGGAGGUUUUUAACUUAGAACGGACAUUAGAAGAGCUUUACCUAGAUGCCAAUCAAAUUGAAGAUCUACCUAAGCAAUUGUUCAACUGUCAAGCUCUGCGUAAACUGAGUAUACCAGACAACGACCUUUCAAGCCUGCCAACCACUAUUGCUAGUUUAGUUAAUCUCAAGGAACUUGACAUCAGUAAAAAUGGGAUUCAAGAUUUUCCAGAAACUAUAAAGUGUUGUAAGUGUUUAACAAUUAUUGAAGCCAGUGUCAAUCCAAUUUCUAAGCUGCCAGAUGGUUUCACGCAGCUUCUAAACUUGACCCAGCUCUACCUAAAUGAUGCCUUUCUGGAGUUUCUUCCAGCUAACUUUGGAAGACUUGUCAAAUUGCGUAUCUUGGAGUUAAGAGAAAAUCAUUUGAAAACUCUACCAAAGUCAAUGCACAAACUGACGCAGCUGGAGAGGCUUGACCUAGGCAAUAAUGAGUUCUCUGAGCUGCCUGAGGUUCUGGAACAAAUACAAAACCUAAAGGAAUUGUGGAUGGACAAUAAUUCACUUCAGAUACUGCCUGGGUCUAUAGGGAAGUUAAAACAGCUGGUGUACCUGGAUAUGUCAAAAAACAGGAUAGAAACUGUUGACUUGGACGUAUCAGGAUGUGAAGCUCUUGAAGAUCUCCUAUUGUCAUCCAAUGUGUUACAACAACUGCCAGACUCUCUAGGAUUGUUGAAAAGGCUUACAACGCUAAAAGUAGAUGACAAUCAACUUACAGGACUGCCCAAUGCAAUUGGAAAUUUAUCUCUAUUAGAAGAAUUUGACUGCAGCUGUAAUGAACUGGAGUCCCUACCUUCUACUAUUGGUUACCUUCAUAGCCUGCGAACAUUAGCUGUGGAUGAGAACUUCCUGUCUGAAUUGCCUAGAGAAAUUGGAAGCUGUAAGAACGUAACAGUUAUGUCCCUGCGCUCUAACAAGCUAGAAUUUCUUCCUGAUGAGAUUGGUCAGAUGCAGAAGUUGAGAGUGUUAAAUCUGAGUGAUAACAGACUGAAGAAUUUACCAUUCACUUUUACUAAGCUUAAAGAACUUGCAGCUUUGUGGCUAUCUGACAACCAGUCCAAGGCCCUUAUCCCUCUGCAAACUGAGGCUCAUCCAGAAACAAAGCAAAGAGUACUGACUAACUACAUGUUUCCCCAGCAACCCCGCGGAGAUGAAGAUUUCCAGUCAGACAGCGAUAGCUUUAACCCUACUUUAUGGGAGGAGCAGCGACAGCAACGGAUGACGGUAGCCUUUGAAUUUGAAGAAAAAAAGGAAGCUGAGGAAAAUGCAGGAAAAGUUAAGGUUGAAAUAAAUCUAAAACGUUAUCCAACUCCAUACCCAGAAGAUUUAAAGAACAUGGUAAAAUCUGUUCAAAAUCUGGUUGGCAAAACAAGCCAUGGAGUGAGGCCUGAGAACUCAACAUCAGCUGCCAACAGUGAGCAAACUAUGAAAGAAACGUAUGAGCACAAGUGGCCUAUGGCAGCAAAGGAGAUUUCAGUGGAGGAUUCCUUUGGACACCCUGCUAAUGACAUGAGGAUAGGAGAACUUCGCCCUUCAGUGGCUGAGGCUCCCUUGUACCAACCCAAACUUGUUCUUCUGGGUAAAGAAAAGAAAGAAUCAACAGAUGAAUCUGAAGCAGAUAAAAUCCACUGUCUCAAUAACAGUGUUUCCUCAGGCACUUACUCAGACUAUUCACCUUCCCAAGCUUCCUCAGGGUCCUCUAAUACUCGUGUUAAAAUGGGGUCCUUGCAAACAACUGCCAAAGAAGCAGUGAAUAAUUCUUUGUGGGGUAACAGGCUUGCACAGUCUUUUCCACAGCCUCUUGAGACAAAGCCAUUACUCAGCCAGCUAGAGUCUGCUCCAGUGGGAAAUCUGCAGCAGCGCAAUGAUAGGCAUCCAAUAAGUGACACUUUUGCUGACAGCUGGAAUGAUACCCCACACUAUGAUAACACAGGCUUUGUUGCAGAGGAGAGCACAGUGGAGAAUCCUAGCACUAACCCUCUCUUAUGCUCUAAAUCUAGAAGCACAUCUGCUCAUGGACGCAGGCCUUUAAUUAGACAAGACAGGAUAGUUGGCAUUCCCCUGGAACUUGAUCAGCCUACACUCAGAAACACACCUGAAUCAGAAGUGCCUCCUCCCAAUCCUUGGCAGAAUUGGACCAGAACUCCAAGUCCUUUUGAAGAUAGGACAGCUUUUCCUUCUAAGUUGGAGAGCACCCCAACCACCAGCCCUUUGCCUGAAAGGAAAGAUCAUAGCAAAGAAUCUCCUGAAGUAGCUAGCACUUUUUCUCCAGGAGUAGCAUGGGAGUAUCAUGAUUCAAAUGCUAACAGAAGUCUUAGUAAUGUCUUUUCACAUAUUCAUUGCCGUCCAGAGUCUUCUAAAAGUGUUAUUGCAAUGAGCAAGAGUACAGAGAGGCUUUCCCCAAUGAUGAAAGAUUUAAAAACUAGUAAAUUUAAGAAGUCGCAAAGUAUUGAUGAGAUAGACAUUGGUACAUACAAAGUUUAUAAUAUUCCAUUAGAAAACUAUGCAUCCCGUAAUGACAAUGCAGGAACCCAUGAAAGACUAGAUAAAAUGGUAGGACAGGAGCAUGGUAUGACUAGUAUGUCUCGUAGCCAGUCUGUACCAAUGCUAGAUGAUGAGUUGCUGAGUUAUGGAAGUGUUAAACUACAGCAGCAGCAAAAGCCUUCUGUAACCAAAAAAGUCUAUCAGUUUGACCAAAGCUUCAACCCUCAAGGAGCAGUGGAAGUUAAAGCAGAAAAGAGGAUACCACCGCCUUUUCAACACAAUCCAGAAUAUGUUCCCCAGCAGAGUAAAAACAAUGCCAAGGAUUUGGUUAGUCCAAGAGCCUAUAGAGGAUAUCCCCCCAUGGAGCACAUGUUUUCAUUCUCUCAGCCUUCAGUUAAUGAGGAGGCUGUUAGUGCUCAGUUCUCAACCCAGGGAUCAAGGUCAGGAUUUUUGAGAAGAGCAGAUUCAUUGGCAAGCUCCACUGAAAUGUCAAUGUAUAGAAGAGUAAGCGAACCUCACGAACUGCCUCAGAGUGAUAGGUAUAGCAGACCUCAGUAUAGAGCAGCUAUGGAACGCCAAAGCAGUAUCUCAGUGUCUGAAACCCAGUUCCUCAAAAGGAAUGGCAGGUAUGAAGAUGAACACCCUUCAUAUCAAGAAGUGAAAGCCCAGUCUGGAAGUUUUCCAGUUAAAAACCUUACACAAAGGAGGCCAUUGUCUGCAAGAAGCUACAGUACAGAGAGUUAUGGUACAUCUCAGACUAGGCCAGUUUCAGCUCGGCCUACAAUGGCAGCUCUAUUGGAAAAGAUACCAUCAGACUAUAACUUGGGUAACUAUGGUGACAAGCCUUCAGAUAACAGUGAUAUAAAGACAAGGCCUACCCCUGUGAAGGGAAAUGAGAGCUGUGCUAAAAUGCCUGCUGACUGGAGACAACAGCUACUUAGACAUAUAGAAGCUAGAAGGUUAGACAGGACCGCUGCUUACAAACACCACACUGUUAACCUUGGCAUGCUGCACUCUGGAGGUUUGUCAGCAAUGCAUGCAGGCAGAAGCAUGACUUUAAACUUGCAGACUAGAUCUAAAUUUGAAAACCAAAUUCAGCAAGAGCUACCUCUACCAAAAACCCCAUCACAGCAGAGCAACAUUCUAGACAAUGGACAAGAAGAUAUUUCUGCUAGUAGCCAAUGGAAUCCAUAUCCACUUGGAAGGCGGGAUGUGCCACCAGAUACUAUUACUAAAAAGGCAGGUAGCCAUAUCCAGACUUUGAUGGGAUCUCAAAGCCUACAACAUCGAAGUCGAGAGCAGCAAUAUGAAGGAAACAUGAAUAAAGUGACCAUUCAGCAGUUUCAAUCACCACUGCCAAUUCAGAUCCCUUCUUCGCAGAGCUCUCGGGCACCUCAGGCGGGGCGGUGCUUAAUCCAAACCAAAGGGCAGAGGAGUAUGGAUGGUUAUCAAGAGCAGUUUUGUGUGAGAAUAGAAAAGAAUCCUGGCCUUGGAUUUAGUAUCAGUGGUGGAAUAAGUGGACAAGGAAAUCCAUUCAAACCUUCUGAUAAGGGUAUCUUUGUACUAGGGUUCAGCCUGAUGGACAGCAUCCAGCUGCUCCAGCCUGGUGAUAAGAUCCUUAAGGCAAAUGGACACAGUUUUGUACAUAUGGAACAUGAGAAAGCUGUAUUACUACUGAAGAGUUUCCAGAAUACAGUAGACCUAGUUAUUCAACGUGAGCUUACUGUCUAAGUAUUUUUUAUAAAUAGUAAACAUAUGUCUAGCCAGAUCUAAUGUUCAAACAGAAAUUUAUACAUAGGAAACAAAUUUUGCCAAUUGCUGGAUCAAUGGCAAACAUUAGUGCCAAAUGUAUAAUACUAUAUGUUAGUACUGCACCUCCUGAAAAAUGUUAACUAUAUAAAUAUGAUGUUCAUGUGGUUAUGUAUUAGUUUUAAUUGUCAGCCUCUGGCUGUGCAUUGGUGCAGUUUCUUUUUUAAUCAAGUUACUUCUCAAAGUGGAUUUCAUAUAACUUCAGAACACAGAAGCACACAAAAGCUCUUUAUGAAUUCUGCUGUCCAUCAAAAAUACUGCCUCAAAGUUGUAUAUAUCUUUAUAAAGAAAAACAUAUAUUGAGUUGUAAUUCCCAUAAAAUAUUUCUAUCACCAGUGGUAUACUAAAAGAUUAUAGAGAAAAAAUAUUUUCAUAGACACCACUAGGAAAGUAAAUAUUAAAUUUGAACUUUAGUAUGUUGAUUUUUUCAAUGCAAAUAUAUAUGCCUUAUAGAAGUAACUGUACAAGUACAGUGUUUAGUGCUGAGUCCAUACUAAUUAGCUGAAUUAUUGCAAUACAGCGUGAAAUACUUCAUAAAUUAUACUUUCUAGCCUGGGACCUACACAUAAUAGUCUAGGCAAAAUUAAUUGCUUUUGUCUGAUCCUUUUAGCUGAUUACAUGUAAGCUUGUGAAAUAGACAAGAUAAUUUUAGAUAGUGAUGUUCCUCAAAUAAAAGCAGUGAGUGGUGGGUGGCAGGAAAACCUAAUGCUUUAUUUUUGUGAAUGUUUUAAUUUAUUUAAAAUUAUAUAAAAUUUUCAGUAAAUUUUGAUCCCAAUACUCUCACCAUCCUAUUCUGAGCCAGACUAGAAUACCCCCGAGUAAGCAUGGCCAAAUCUAGCCCUUUGUGGGUAGUAGUCCCAUUGAAAUCAGUGGGACUACUCAGAGUCAGGUACAAUACAUCGCUAAUAAAACUAGAUGACAUUUAAAAUAUUUUCUUUCAGAGGUGUGCAAAAUAAUAAUAGUAGGCAAAUCUUAGAACUGUGCUAAGGGGACAGCAAUAGACACAGCACAAAACUACAGUACAUUGGUGUUAGUUUAGUAAUCAAAGUUUUAGUAAUUCCUAUAGCUGACAGCAUGGAAAAUCAAUUUCUGUGCCAUGGAUAAGUCUACAUAUAUUGGGUCAAUCCUUUUUCCAUUGAAGUCAAUGGUAAAAUAAUUGUGACUGCUAAUGGCAGCAGGAAUGAGCCUCUUAUGAGAGGUUUCAGAGUAGCAGUCGUGUUAGUCUGUGUUCGCAAAAAGAAAAGGAGUACUUGUGGCACCUUAGAGACUAACAUUUAUUAGAGCAUAAGAUGAAGUGAGCUGUAGCUCACGAAAGCUUAUGCUCUAAUAAAUUUGUUAGUCUCUAAGGUGCCACAAGUACUCCUUUUCCUCUUAUGAGAGUUUUUGAAGGAAAUAAAUUGAGUAUUGGUUUUAUUUGAACAUUUUUAAAAAACACAAAUCACCUGAAUUAUGGCUAUUGUAGAUUUUAAAGGUCACUGUCAAGACCUUUUAUUUAAUUUGAGGUGUUUCUCUAUUGCCUACGUAAUACCAACAGACCCUGGUUGUCGACAGGCAGGAUCGAACUGGGGACUUUGGGAGCUUAAUACAUGAGCCACUACUGCAUGAGCUAAAAGUCAACUCCUCUUAGCCAUGGCUGUAGAGCAGACUCAAUCUCUCUCUCUCUCUCUAAGUGGUCUUGGUGCCACCAGAUGGGACAAAACAUCACCCCAGGAAGUGUGUGGGUUACACUUGCACUAACUAAAGUUUUCCUUCUCCCCUCUGAUUAAUUUAUAUUGAUUAGUUUUAGUUUAAUUGAAAAAUAUAAUUAAACAGCUUUUUUUUAAGUCACUUUAUGUAAUGUCCUGUCUACUAUAUGGUCUUCUGUUGCUCAUUAGAUAUUUGAGGUGGGGCUUGUUUCCUGAUCAAUGUUUUGAAUUGUCUUAUUUGGAUUUCAUUUAUUUUCAGCUGGCAUUUUGCAGCUGUUGUUAUGUGACAAUACAGUUGGAGAUUUGAUUAGUCAGCUUCAUCCCAAUGACAAAUUGUGGUUCUGAAGGAACUGGGGACUUUGGGUGCAUGAGAAUGCAGGGUUAGGGCUUUUGUUUGUAUUUACACAUUUCCUGGUUUUAAAAUGGUGACUGUUCACAUCCCCUUUAUUGUUUGCUUUCCACAAACUUUUCACUGCAAAACUGGAAAGUUUAUUCCAAACCUGCACAUGUAAGUUCUCACAAAAAACAAAUGUUCAUUUUGUACAAGAGUUCUUAUUCAGAAGACAGAAAUACCAUGUAACUUAUCUGACUAUAACUGAUCCACAUAGCGCUAAUUUUAAAUAUUUACACCCAAGUAGUUUGAAUUUAGUUAUUCUUUCAGCUCAGAGUACAGAGGAGACAUCAAAUUCCUCUAUUUGAAGAUAUUCCGCAAAUACAUUCAAAUUAGUUAUUCAAGGUAAAUUAUUUAUUCAGUUUAUUUGUUUCAGCCUGGGGUGCAAGAAUGCAGCAUCUUUAACAGUGUAACAGCUGCACAAUUGCAGAGGCCAUUUUUCAAAUUCUCAGCAUCAUCAGCUAUCCCUUUCAUAAUAAAACAGUCACGAGAUGCUCACAUCCAUUCUUUAUGUGCAGAAAUUCACUCAGUGUAAACACACUAAAUGUAAUACAUUGUCAUUCUGUGGGAAUUUCAUUGUAAUUUAUUUGCAAAGCUCAAAUAGUUCCCUUGACUUCUGCUUCUGGCAAGAAAACUGAGUAAAUAAAGAGCUAGUUUUGUGUCACGUUGUAACACUGCCUACUACAGAAUGGGAUGCAGCCAACCAUCCCUCCCCUAAGCAAAACUAGAAGACAGACUCCUGAAGCAUGUUGCAAAAUUAAAUAUUUUAUUUAUAAAGCCUACCACAUCUUGGUGCUUUUUUUUUUUUUUUU